CGUCACAGCCAAUGGGCUCGCACGGCGGACGUGUCAUCGGUCGCCAGAUUAUGGUGCGACCCACUGGCGUGUUUCAUUAGCGUCUGGAUAGCCAAGAGGACGCGACACCUUUGCCCCUAUCGCUUAUAUAACCCAAAGUGAUAACGUUAAUACACAAGGUCCCUCGUGCCACCCAGCGCUGUCAUGUCCGCCAAGGCCAUCUCAGAGCAGACGGGGAAGGAGUUCCUCUACAAGUACAUCUGCACCGCCGCUGCUGUGCAGAACCGCUUCCGCUAUGCUAACGUUACCACGGAGACGGACUGGGAGCGCCUCACCCAGGAGCACCCCUGGCUGCUCACCGAGAAGUUGGUGGUGAAGCCAGACCAGUUGAUCAAGCGCAGGGGGAAGCUGGGCCUGGUUGGCAUCAACCUGGACCUGCCGGGGGUCCAGGACUGGGUCAAGAGCCACCUGAUGAAGGAGACUAUGGUUGCCAAGGCCAAAGGUGUGCUGAAGAACUUCCUCAUAGAGCCGUUUGUGGAGCACGCCCAGAGUGACGAGUUCUACGUUUGCGUGUACGCGGCGCGGGAGGGCGACUACAUUCUCUUCCACCACGAGGGCGGCGUGGAGGUGGGCGACGUGGACGCCAAGGCCGAGCGCCUGCUGGUCCCCGUGGACGACAAGCUCAGCGAGGAGCAGGUCACGGAGAAGCUCCUGGCGCACGUCAGCGAGGAGAAGAAGGGAGUGCUGGCUAGUUUCAUCGUGGGCCUCUUCAACCUCUAUGAAGAUCUGUACUUCACCUACCUGGAGAUCAACCCACUAGUGGUGACUGGAGACGGGGUGUACGUCCUGGACAUGGCCGCUAAAAUUGACGCGACGGCCGACUACAUCUGUAAGGCCAAGUGGGGAGACGUGGAGUUCCCCCCACCGUUUGGCCGAGAGGCCUACCCAGAGGAGGCCUACAUCGCUGACCUGGACGCCAAGAGCGGCGCCAGCCUGAAGCUGACCCUGCUGAACCCCCGCGGGAGGAUCUGGACUAUGGUGGCCGGGGGCGGAGCCUCGGUGGUCUACAGCGACACCAUCUGUGACCUGGGCGGCGUGGACGAGCUGGCCAACUACGGCGAGUACUCGGGCGCGCCCAGCGAGCAGCAGACCUACGACUACGCCAAGACCAUCCUGUCACUCAUCACACGCGAGAAGCACCCGCAAGGAAAGGUCCUCAUCAUUGGCGGAAGCAUUGCCAACUUCACCAACGUGGCCGCCACCUUUAAAGGGAUCGUCAGGGCCAUCAAGGACUACCAGGGGCCCCUGAAGGAACACGAGGUCACCAUCUUUGUGCGUCGCGGAGGUCCCAACUAUCAGGAGGGCCUGAGGGUGAUGGGGGAAGUGGGGAAAACGACCGGAAUCCCAAUCCACGUUUUCGGAACGGAGACCCACAUGACAGCCAUCGUUGGCAUGGCGAUGGGCCACCGACCAAUCCCCAACCAGCCCCCGAUGGACGCCCACACUGCCAACUUCCUUCUCAACGCCGGCUGCAACGCAGUGACCCCGGCUAACACCAGGACCGCCUCCUUCUCGGAGCCCAAGUCGGCCGGUGAGGCCACACCCCCGAAGAAGCCCAAAGCAGGCUUCCAAGCAGACUCUCUUCUUUCUAUUCUCUUGCCCUUGAAGAAUUUGGGCAUGGCCAACUACAAAGAAGCUCAAGCCUGUCCGGGCCCAGGCGGAGCCAAGGCCACCACCCUGUUCAGCCGGCACACCAAGUCCAUCGUGUGGGGGAUGCAGACCCGGGCGGUGCAGGGCAUGCUGGACUUUGACUACGUCUGCUCCAGGGACGAGCCCUCGGUGGCGGCCAUGGUCUACCCCUUCACCGGCGACCACAAGCAGAAGUUCUACUGGGGCCACAAGGAGAUCCUGGUGCCAGUCUACAAGAGCAUGGACGACGCCAUGAAGAAGCACUCUGACGUGGACGUCCUCAUCAGCUUCGCCUCGCUGCGGUCCGCGUUCGACAGCACCAUGGAAACCAUGCAGCACCCACAGAUCCGAACCAUCGCCAUCAUCGCUGAAGGGAUCCCUGAGGCUCAGACCCGCAAGAUCAUCAAGACGGCGGACGAGAAGGGCGUCACCAUCAUCGGCCCGGCCACGGUGGGCGGCAUCAAGCCGGGCUGCUUUAAGAUCGGCAACACGGGGGGCAUGCUGGACAACAUCCUGGCCUCCAAGCUGUACCGGCCCGGCAGCGUGGCCUACGUGUCCCGCUCCGGGGGCAUGUCCAACGAGCUCAACAACAUCAUCUCCCGCACCACCGACGGCGUCUACGAGGGCGUGGCCAUCGGGGGGGACAGGUAUCCCGGCUCCACCUUCAUGGACCACGUCCUCCGUUACCAAGACACGCCGGGGGUCCAGAUGAUUGUGGUCCUUGGAGAGAUUGGAGGAACGGAGGAGUACAGGAUCUGCCAGGGCAUCGGGGAAGGACGGAUCACCAAGCCCGUCGUCUGCUGGUGCAUCGGGACCUGCGCCACCAUGUUUUCCUCAGAGGUUCAGUUUGGCCAUGCAGGAGCCUGUGCCAACCAGGCUUCAGAAACGGCCGUGGCCAAAAACCAGGCCCUGCGGGACGCCGGAGCCUACGUCCCCAAGAGCUUCGAUGAGCUGGGAGACGUCAUCAAGACUGUGUAUGACGGACUGGUAGCCAAUGGCACCAUCGUACCCGCACAGGAAGUCCCUCCCCCAACGGUGCCUAUGGACUAUUCCUGGGCAAGGGAGCUAGGUCUGAUCCGCAAGCCCGCCUCCUUCAUGACCAGCAUCUGUGACGAGCGGGGCCAGGAGCUGAUCUACGCCGGCAUGCCCAUCACCGAGGUCUUCAAGGAGGAGAUGGGACUGGGCGGCGUGCUCGGGCUCCUCUGGUUCCAGCGCAGACUUCCCCGCUACGCGUGCCAGUUCAUUGAGAUGUGUCUGAUGGUGACGGCCGACCACGGCCCCGCCGUCUCCGGCGCCCACAACACCAUCGUCUGCGCCCGGGCCGGCAAGGACCUCAUCUCCUGCCUCACCUCCGGCCUCCUCACCAUAGGCGAUCGUUUCGGGGGGGCCCUGGACGCGGCGGCCAAGCAGUUCAGCAAGGCGUUUGACAGCGGCAUGCUGCCCAUGGAGUUCGUCAACAAGAUGAAGAAGGACGGCAAGCUCAUCAUGGGCAUCGGACACCGGGUCAAAUCGAUCAACAACCCAGACAUGCGAGUGCAAAUCCUGAAAGACUUUGUCAAGCAGAACUUCCCAGCCUCACAGAUGCUGGACUACGCUCUGAACGUGGAGAAGAUCACCACCUCAAAGAAACCCAACCUGAUCCUCAACGUAGACGGCUUCAUCGGGGUAGCGUUUGUGGACCUGCUCAGAACAUGUGGGGGAUUCACACGGGAUGAAGCGGAUGAGUUUGUGGAGAUCGGAUCAUUAAACGGCAUAUUCGUGCUGGGCCGGAGUAUGGGCUUCAUCGGCCACUACUUGGACCAGAAGCGUCUGAAGCAGGGCCUAUACCGCCACCCCUGGGACGACAUCUCCUACGUACUUCCUGAGCACAUGUCCAUGUAGUCCCCAACAUCUCAUCCGUAGUUGUGACCACCACUGGUCUCCGACCCGCCUCUUCCUCCACCCCCUACUCGUCACCACCCCCUCCCAUCCACCACUGCAGGCCGAACGAGGACACGCCAAGGAAGAGAUGUUUUGGCAGGAAACCUUUCUGCUUUUCUCUGGGUUUAGUUUUUUCUUUGGACAGAUUAUUAAAAAGGGUAUUCUGAAGAGAUGUUAUUGAGUCGUGAUUAAAGGCUGGGGUGAGAGGAGAAGGCACCACUGCUGUUAUGCUACCACUUGAGCUAAUCUGGAGAACAUGCACAACGUCACAAGCACCGUUUUGUCAGCUUCCUUAGCUAGUUAGCUAGCUAGCUUCCGGUGCUUUUUGACUCGCAGAGGGUGCUGGCUUGGUACGUUUUUCAAACACAGCAAUACUGUAAAGUCUGUUCUGAGGGUUUACUUAAACGCAAAAGCAUUAAUUUGCGUUGUUGAUUUGGUACUUUAUUUUUUCGUUUUGUCAGCUUCCUUAGCUUGUUAGCUAGCUAGCUUCCGAUACUUCUUGGCUCUCAGUGGGUGCUGGCUUGGUAAGUUUUUCAAACACAGCAAUACUGUAAUGUCUGGUCUGAGGGUUUACUUAAACGCAAAAGCAUUCAUUUGCGUUGUUAAGUUGGUACUUAAUUUUUUCACUUCGGGUGGUUCGGGAGAAUGUUUGCUUGAAUGCUCUUGGUAAUGACUGCACCUUUUAAGCACAAACGCUAACCGCUUGGAUUACCUCCUUCCCUGCGAAAUCCUGCUUCAAUUUAGAAAGAAUCUCAAGUGAAACCAAAGUUGUUCGUUUUGGGUUUUUUCUUUUUGUAUUAUUUUAGUCUAGGACCAACCUCAGUCGAAGGUGGUUUGUUGUUUGUUUCGGGGCUCGAUAAGUUUGUGUAAAGAGGCAUUAGAAUGAGAAAAUAUAGCUGUAAAUCUUAUUUGUAACUCCAGAAUUGCCUUUACUAAUAAGUCUGGUUUUACAGAAGGUUCAAUUUAUCGACUUAAUUAGAUGCUUUAUCGAGGUAUUAACAUUCAGUUGGGCAAAUUUCAGCAAUCGUAUUUUUAAUAUAAAAGGAAUGAGAAAAUAAAUUAUCGUGUCAAAUUUAGUGGUAGUUUGUAAUGCAUUGAUUGUGCCCUGUGAGUCUUAAUAGCAGCCUGUCGCAAGGGACCAUGAUGGCAGCGUAACUUUUCUGUAGGGCUGUAAAGCGUGUUUCUAACGAGGCCUGGCUUUGGCGGACUAAAUGUUUUUGUCACUCCACUGUACUGCUUGCUUUAUUCUGUUUUUAUUCAAAUGUUACAUACUUUUUAAUAUAUGCUGUUUAAAUGUGGUACAAUAAAAGAUGUCUUUAAGUUGUAUGUCCUUAA